CUUUAAUAUGAUUUUUCGUUGUCAUCUGAAGUCUGAAACCUGUUAUAAGAAUAUUUUUCAUCAACGUUUUCUCGAGUUCGGUUUACUAGUUUCCGAUUCCUUCAGUGUUCUCUGUAAACCAGUGCCUUUGACGACGAAGAAAGUGAUUGCAGUUGCGAAUCGCUUCUACUGUUGCUAAGCAAUUCUGAUUCUUCUGAAUGGCUCAGAUUCCAAACCUCGACAAUGCUCCUCUCAAUCUCACAGCAAUCAGGGAACAGUCUCAGAAGGAACUCAUCCACAUCCUCAAGCAUGUUCGAGGAAAGAAGUGUUUGGUCAUUGAUCCGAAGCUCGGAGACUCUCUUUCGCUUAUCAUACAGACAUCCAGUCUCAAGGAGCAUGGAGCUGAAUUGCGGCAUCUUUCAGCUGAGCCAGUUCAAACUGACUGCACCAAAGUGGUUUACCUUGUUCGUGCUCAGCUUAAAUUGAUGAGAUUCAUAUGUUCUAGUAUUCACAAUGACGUAUCAAAUGGAUUGCAAAGAGAAUAUUAUGUUUAUUUUGUCCCCCGCCGCACUGUUGUUUGUGAGAAAGUUCUUGAGGAAGAGAAAGUACAUCAUAUGGUUACUAUAGGGGAAUAUCCCUUGUAUGUUGUACCAUUGGACGAGGACGUACUGUCAUUUGAACUUGAUCUUUCUUACAAAGAAUGCGAAGUUGAUGGUGAUACAAGCUCGCUUUGGCAUAUUGCAAAAGCCAUCCACAAACUUGAGUUUUCUUUUGGAGUCAUACCGAACGUAAGAGCGAAAGGAAGAGCAUCUGUGCGUGUUGCAGAUAUCUUAAACCGAAUGCAAGCUGAGGAACCAGUUAACUCUUCUGAUAUGGCCGUGCCAGAGAUAAAUACAGUAAUCCUUUUAGAUAGAGAGGUGGACAUGGUCACUCCUUUGUGUUCCCAGUUAACAUAUGAAGGGCUACUUGAUGAGUUUCUGCACAUCAACAAUGGUUCUGUAGAGCUCGAUGCAUCUAUUAUGGGUCUUCAACAAGAAGGAAAAAAAACUAAAGUCCCACUUAAUUCAAGUGACAAGCUUUUAAAGGAGAUACGGGAUCUCAACUUUGAAGUUGUUGUCCAGAUUUUGCGCCAAAAAGCUACAUCCAUGAAGCAAGACUACACAGACAUGACAACUACUACACAGACAGUUUCGGAUUUGAAGGACUUUGUGAAAAAGCUGAACUCACUGCCAGAGAUUACUAGGCACAUAAAUCUUGCUCAGCAUCUGUCAACAUUCACAUCAAAGCCUUCUUUUCUUGGGCAGCUUGAUAUGGAACAUACAAUUAUUGAAGCCCAGAGCUAUGAUAUAUGCUUUGAUUAUAUUGAAGAAUUAAUCCAUAAGCAGGAGCCUUUAACAACAGUCUUACGCCUUCUAAUCCUAUUUUCUAUUACUAAUUCUGGGUUGCCAAAGAAGCAGUUUGACUAUUUCAGGAGAGAACUACUCCACAGCUAUGGAUUCGAGCACAUAGCAACACUAAAUAAUUUAGAGAAGGCUGGACUCUUUAAAAAGCAGGAUUCAAAAAGCAAUUGGCUUACUAUAAAACGUACCCUGCAGCUUGUGGUUGAAGACGUUGAUACAGCCAACCCCAGUGAUAUUGCUUACGUCUUCUCUGGAUAUGCACCACUUAGCAUUCGUCUGGUUCAGCAUGCCAUUCGAUCUGGAUGGCGUCCUGUUGAAGAAACUUUGAAACUGCUGCCUGGACCUCACUUGGAAACAAGAAGGGGUGGAUUCUCAAAUAGCCCAUCAUUCGACACUUUAUCAGGGGUUUCAACCAGCAUAGCUAAAGUACCUGAUGGAAGGCGUGCCCUGGUGCUUGUUGUCUUUGUUGGAGGUGUUACCUUUGCAGAGAUUUCUGCACUAAGAUUUCUCAGUUCUCAGGAAAGCAUGGCAUAUGAUCUGAUUAUUGCAACAACAAAAAUAGUCAAUGGCCAAACUUUGCUUGAAACAUUCAUGGAAAAGCUUGGUUGAUUGAUGAGUGAGUUUUGUUAUUUUUUUCACUUUUCCAUAGUGAGCCAAGUUUAUUUUGAUGCCGCCAAACCAAUAGCAUGCCUAAGCAAGUUCUUCUACUAUGAUGCACCGAGCGGGUGCUGUGAUGAAAGCUUUAUUGGUGCUGUAAAAUCUUCCUCUCUUGGUUUUGUAAGAGGGAUGGUUGUGAGGAUAGGAAUCUAGUCUUUCUAAGGGAUUAUCUAGAGUUAAUCUUGUGAGUGGAUAUUUUUCGCCGUGGUCCAUUUCAAUUAGUGGCAAAUGAUUGAGCAAUUAUAUGCAACUGUGUUGUUGAUUUUCUACCAAUUAUAAUUUAUGUACGGAGACUUAAAUAUAUGUAGCAACCCUUUUCUGGUUA